ACUGUAGUUUUAUCUCUCUCUCUCUCUCUCUCUCUAGAGACUGUUAGGGCAUAUGGAAACUCAGUUUCUAAGACAUGUUGCCUUUGGGGUUGUGAUUUGGGCAACAUUGCUUCUGUAUCCUAGCACUUGUUCAAAGCCAUGUUCUUUUCCGGCCAUAUUCAACUUUGGAGACUCAAACUCAGACACCGGGGGUCUGUCCGCAACGUUUGGACAAGCCCCUUACCCCAAUGGAGAGACAUAUUUUCGAACACCUUCAGGCCGUUAUUCCGAUGGCCGUCUUAUAAUUGACUUCAUAGCCGAAACCUUGAGGUUACCUCAUCUGAGUGCAUUUUUGGACUCGGUUGGAUCAAACUUCAGCCAUGGAGUGAAUUUUGCAACUGCAGGAUCAACCAUUAGACCCCCAAACAUGACCAUCCAAUAUGGACCUAGUCCCAUUUCAUUAGAUGUGCAGUCUGUCGAAUUCUCAGACUUCCAUAGAAGAUCACAAAUUUACCGCCAAAAAGGGGAGUUUUUUGAGAAACUGCUUCCAAGAGAAGAGUUCUAUUCUCAAGCACUUUAUACCUUUGACAUUGGCCAGAAUGAUCUCACUGCUGGUUACAAGCUUAACAUGAGCAUAGAACAAAUCAAGGCCUAUGUUCCUGAUGUGCUAGGCCAGUUCUCUAAUGUCAUCAAGAAUAUAUACGAUCAAGGAGGAAGAACGUUUUGGAUCCACAACACAGGCCCAGUAGGCUGCUACCCCUAUAUUCUGGAUCGUUUCUUUGUCAAUCGGGCCCAAUAUAACAAGUAUGGGUGUGCAGAUCCGUUUAAUGAUGUGGCCCAAUUUUUCAACCAAAGAUUGAAGGAAGCAGUGGUUCAGCUAGAGAAAGAUCUUCCCAUGGCUGCCUUCACCUACGUGGAUGUCUACUCAGUAAAGUACACCCUCAUUACUGAAGCCAAGAAAUAUGGAUUUGAGAAGCCACUUGUAGCAUGUUGUGGUCAUGGAGGGAAAUACAAUUACAACCGUUACGAGAAGUGUGGGACGAAGAAGACUAUCGACGGCAGAGAGGUAGUGAUCGCUAACUCAUGCAAUGAUCCAACGAUUAGGGUUAAUUGGGAUGGGACGCAUUUCACCGAGGCUGCCAACAAAUGGAUAUUCCAACAAAUUGUAAAUGGCUCCUUUUCUUAUCCACCAAACCCUUUGGAAAUGGCUUGUCAAAGAAGAAACACAAAGAACUAUGUUUAG